AUGAAGAACGGGAGUUUGCAUGAUCAUCUCUUCGGUCCAACAAAAGUGAGACCUAGUUGGCCUAUUCGUAGAAAGAUUGCGUUAGGGACGGCAAGGGGGGUGGCUUAUUUUCAUUACGGGGCGCAACCUGCAAUCAUUCAUAGGGAUAUCAAAGCGAGUAAUAUACUUUUGGAUGACAUGUUUGAGGCCAAGGUCGCGGAUUUCGGACUUGCCAAGUUUACACCGGAAGGGAUGACACAUUUGACUACCAGGGUAGCUGGAACAAUGGGAUAUGUUGCCCCUGAGUAUGCACUGUAUGGCCAAUUGACUGAUAGGAGCGAUGUGUAUAGUUUUGGUGUGAUACUUCAUGCACUGUUGAGUGGAAUAAAGGCGCUCACUAUGACUGAUGAGAACCACUCUUCUGGUGCUGAUUGGGCGUGGUCGCUGGUGAAGAACGAGAAAGCUUUGGACGUUAUCGAAGCUGGCAUGCCGAAGUUGGGGCCUCCAGAAGUUCUGGAGAAAUAUGUGUUGGUAGCGGUUCUUUGUUCUCAUCCGGAGUUACGAUGCAGGCCAUCCAUUGAUCAGGUUGUGAAAAUGUUGGAAACAGACGUUUCUGUUCCCUCGAUCCCUGAACGGCCACAUCGAUGA